CUAAUCUAGGCAAUCAAUCCAUUCUCUAUCUAGCUGGACAAUUAGAUUUAGAAUGGAAGCAAAUACAGUUGUGUAUUUUAGGCAUGUUAAAAAGUACCCAAAUUUUGGGUAUCAUCCAAAACCAAUAUACUACCGUUCUAAUCAGGUUUUUUUUUUUUUUUUUUUUUUUGAUAAGUGUGAUGGAUUUUAUUAAAACAGACAAGGAUCAAGAGAAUUGAUCCCCAAGAACAUAGUUCCAGCAAGCCAGCAAGCAAAACAACAGUAAAGGAAUCCCAGCCCAGAAGAAAGGCAAAGCCUGCAAGGCGGACCAGACUGCCCCUGCAGGAAGGAAGACGAGAGACCGAAGAUGCCGAAAAGGCCUCAAACCGGUAGAACAGACGAACAUUGAAAUUGAUGCAUAUAAAAAUGUAGAAACACCGACAUUGAAAUAGUGAAUCUAGUUGAAAAGAAGUAAUGAGAUGAUCAAUUUUUCUUUUCUUUCUGUACACAAUCAAAUGGACCUAAACAGACUUUGUUUUAGACUGACCUAUAUAAAUUGAUUCAAACUGAACCCAACUCAAACGUAACCCAAAUUCACUGUAUGCAUUCUAUCCAAUUGGAUUCAUAUCGACCCAUUGCCAUUCCUGGUCUAGUUAUGUUUGUUUCUGCUGGGUCUAUGACGUGAGAAUGCUAUUUGUAAUGAUAUGAAAAGGAAAAGCGAUCUCGAUCCGGCAAGCGAUUCCCUUGAAACAAUAAACAGGCUACAUUACACCUCGGCGAAAACAAAUCAGACGGCGAAGUGAUCAUCCCUAAUAGGAAAGAAUGAGAGGGACAGAGCCGUUGGCCCAGCGGACUCUUCUGGGCCGGAAUACAUCAAUAUGGUCACUAAGCUUUAGGGUUAGUGACAAGUCGAUCCCUAAGCUUUAGUUUUUUUAACAAAAUUGCUGCUGAAGUUUGGAACUAAUUAACCUAACAAUAUGCUAUUUCUUCCUGAUAGAAAUCAUUUUGAUCACCCCAAACUUGUAUCUGAAAAGCAUAAUUGACACUGACGAAUCAUUCUAAAGUCAUAUACCAAACCAAGUUUGUUAUAAACGCGCUGCUACGGAUCGGGAAAUCGCCGGAAUCGACAAAGCAAGAAUACGAGAGCGAGAAUCGAAAGAACACAGACACACGAUUUACGUGGUUCACUAACACGAUGUGUGUUAGCUAGUCCACGGGCGAGAGAGAGCCAGUUUCACUAUAUCGAGGAGAUUACAGAUUACAGAGGAGUAUGAGAAGUAUUUAUAGUACUUCUCCAUGUGGGUCUAAACCUAAUCCAAUCUAGCAAAGGAACCGGUUACAGACCCCCGAUUACCAGUCGUAGCGGCUGAUAGUCCGAUUCAAGUCAUAUCAACAAAGUUUAUGACCACAUAUAUGUUGCGGGUUAAUGCUGCAAUUUCGAUCACGUUCGCCUUAAACUAGGUAGUCAAUACUAAAGCUUUUAAGAAAACUUGAACUAUAAUGUAUGUUUCUCCAAAUUGAUUUCAGUGAGAAAUUCGUCAAAACUCAAAGUUGGGUAACUGAACUUUUACUUGCCUUGAAAUUGAGGCACCGUUUAUAUAAUUAACCAACCAACUCUUCUACUCAUCAUUCCAUUAUAAAAGAACUUAGCUAGGAGUUUCAAGUAUUCAGUAAUCAUUACAACAUUCUUUUCUUUUUUUACAUACCAACCAAAGAGAGGGGGAAAAAAGGAUUCCUACAUCAAACUGAGCAUGACGAGGAGCAAACCGGCGGUAAGCCAAGCCAAAUUACUAGUGACGGUCACCUUGGCGACCAUAUUGUUCAUGGCACGGCCCACAAUCCAACGGACGGCUUGUGUUCGAAACGAUUUAAGCGACAGAAUACUGAUAGUGCAUUGUCGAUCCGCGGACGACAAUCUUCACGCUCAUUUGCUCGAUGUUAAAGCCAACAUCUCAUGGAGUUUUAAUGACAACUCGGAACUUGUUAGGCUGACAUUUUUCCGGUGUCGUCUCGCGGUCGAAGAUAAGCGUCUUUCGUUCAAUGCGUAUUACCAAGGUACCGACAUCGGAGGUUAUGAUAUUGAGUGGUCCGUCCGGGAUGAUGGAGUCUAUCUGGUGACCGGAGAUGGCAACGUGGAAUCAUCCCCUCGACAAGAGUGGAAUUGAAAGAAGAAAAAAAAAUGUCCCUGCUUUGUAAUGUAAUCUAACGGCGGUGAACUGAAACUAGAUGAGAACUUGGAAUUUUGUUUUUUUUUUUUUCAUUUUGUUUGGUGCUUUGUCUUAAUGAUCUUUACAACCAAGAAAAAGUAGUAUUUGCAACCAAAAACUUUACAACCAAAAUAACAUCGGUUGCAAAAAGACUGGUAUUUACAACUAAUUAUAUUUUGGAAGCUAAAAAUGUUAAUAAAUUUUUUGCCUAUUAUAAACAAAGUAUGGAUAACCAAAUGAAAAUUGAGGAGAUCAAAUAAUUUGAUUGCAAAAAUGAUUUAUGCUUUUCCCAACCAAAUAAUAUUGGUAGCAUGUUUUUUUUAUGUCUCCAUCUCGUGGACUAACCUAUUGGUUUUGUAAUUCGAUCAAAUAGGAUUUUCCACUCCUCGAGUUUUUUUUUUAUGAAUAAAAUUCGGAGCACCUUUUAAGAACUCUAUUUUCGACAAAAAAAUGCAAUUUUUACUCAUCAUCGGCUCGCGAGUGUGCUGAUGGUGUAGAUGCCGAGAUCGGAUUGGUUAAGAGAAGGCAUUCUCUUAGUCUUAGGACAACAUUGAAACAAAUCAUGUUAGGUAACGUGGAAUUUUAUAAUGCUUUAAAGUAUAAGUGUUUGUUUGGUUUUUCGCCUUUAUAAUACAAAUUGAACAUAUACAUUUUAAUGUUAUGCUGCAUUUUCAAUUUAUAUCUUAAAAAUAGAUAAAUAUUUAGGCCUUUUUAACUAGGAAAUAUCGUAUUUAAACACUCACAAAUCCAUCCCAAAUGGACAGUUUCUCUACAUUGUUUGUCCUUAACUCUCCUAACUCGUUUUUCUCAUCGUUGCUAGGUAUAUAUACUUCCAAUUUAAGGAAUUGUUUGACUUUUACACGUCAAGUUAAGGAAAGUUGACGCAUUUUGCCGGAGAUCUCUUCUAUUCUACUAAUAUAAUUUGCCGUGGGUUUGUUACCUGGAAGGAGAGUCAGAACUCAGAAGCCUGAGGUAUAUCUUACUUUGUUUUUGACAAGAAUGUCCUCUACUCAUCGGUGCACUAUAAAAACAGGAGAAGAGGCCUCUCAACUCAAACAACGGUUUAUGUCGAAAACAGCAUGUCCGUUGGGACGGUUCUGAGUGUGCAUUGUCGAUCCAAAUUAAAGACGACGACAUCGGAGACCAAGCUCUCGACGUCGGCUCCAACAUCAGCUGGCGCUUCGAAAACGAAGGGUUUGGCUCGACGCUCUUCUGGUGCGAUCUCGCAGCCAACGACCACAAGCGUCUCUCUUUCGACGCGUACGAUGGAGCAGCUACGAAACUGCGAGAUAUGAAUCAUUUCGAAAUUAACGAAUUCAAUUUAAGAAACUAUAGAAAUUAAGAGAGUUUAAAAAUAUGCACCAAUAUGUAGAUCACUUCAAUACAGGUUGAAUGCAUGGUUGGUCACUUAAAUAUUUCCAGUGAUAAAUAUGAACAUUUUUU